AUGACGGCGCUGGCCGCGCUGGCUACGGCCUCGCCCAUGCUCCAGGUUGGCACCAUCCACAACAAUGCCGCUCCCAUUCUGUCAUCGACACAGAGCAAGGAGAUUGCCGACAAUUACAUGAUUGUCUUCAAGAAGCACGUCAAGCAUGAGCACACCAAGGACCAUCACGAGUGGGUCCAGAGCAUCCACAGCAAGGCACAGGGCGACCGCAUGGAGCUGCGAAAGCGCUCCCAGUUCCCUGUCACUGAGACUGUCUUCGAGGGUCUCAAGCACACAUACAACAUUGCCGGCGGCAUCAUGGGCUACUCGGGUCACUUUGACGAGGACACCAUUGAGGCCAUCCGCAGGCAUCCUGACGUCGACUACAUCGAGCGUGACUCCAUCGUCCACACCCUUGGCGGCGACGACUACGAGACGGAGAAGAACGCCCCCUGGGGCCUCGCCCGUAUCUCGCACCGCGACUCGCUGAGCUUCGGUACCUGGAACAAGUACCUCUACUCGGCCGACGGCGGUGAGGGUGUUGAUGUCUACGUCAUCGACACCGGCACCAACUACAAGCACGUCGACUUCGAGGACCGCGCCCACUGGGGCAAGACCAUCCCCAGCGGCGAUGCUGACGAGGAUGGCAACGGUCACGGCACCCACUGCUCCGGCACUGUCGCUGGUAAGAAGUACGGUGUCGCCAAGAAGGCAAAUGUCUACGCCGUCAAGGUCCUACGCUCCAACGGCUCUGGUACCAUGUCUGAUGUCGUGAAGGGUGUUGAGUGGGCUGCUCAGGCUCACAGCGACGCCGUCAGCGCCGCCAAGAAGGGCAAGAAGAAGGGCUUCAAGGGUUCUGCUGCCAACAUGUCCCUUGGUGGUGGCAAGUCUACCACUCUUGACCUUGCCGUCAACGCUGCCGUCGACGCCGGCAUCCACUUCGCCGUUGCCGCCGGUAACGACAACGCAGACUCCUGCAACUACUCCCCUGCCGCCGCGCAGAAUGCCGUCACCGUCGGUGCUUCCACUCUCCUUGACGAGCGUGCGUACUUCUCCAACUACGGAAAGUGCAACGACAUCUUCGCCCCCGGCCUCAACAUCCUUUCCACCUGGAUCGGCUCUGAGCAUGCCACCAACACCAUCUCUGGUACCUCCAUGGCCUCACCCCACAUUGCUGGUCUCCUGGCCUACUAUCUCUCGCUCCAGCCCGCUAAGGAUUCGUCCUACGCCGUCGCUGACAUCUCUCCCAAGAAGCUCAAGUCGAACCUCAUCGCCGUCGGUACUGUUGGCGCCCUCUCUGACGUUCCCUCCAACACGGCCAACAUCCUCGCCUGGAACGGUGGAGGAUCCGCCAACUACACUGAGAUCGUCGAGAAGGGCGGCUACAAGUCCGCCAAGGGUGCCUCCAAGGAGCCCUCCGGCUACACCAUCACCAUCCCCUCCGUCUCCGAGAUUGAGGACGAGGUCGCCGACGAGUUCCAGAAGGCCAAGGGCGCCGCUUCGCGCACCGCCCACCAGGUUGGCGGCAAGCUCGGCAAGCUCGAGGCCGAGAUUGAGGACUUCGUCGCCGAGGAGAUGGAGCACAUGUUCCAGGAGUUCAAGGAGCGUGUCGCCCGCGAGUGA